AAAAAACCUUCUCUUUCUCUUUCUCUUUCUCUUCUGCUCUCCAGCUAUUCUUUCCAAAUCCAUCCAUCAUCACUUCUGUUCAAUGGAUCUGCCCCAUUUUUAAGAUCUUCAAUCACCUGCUACCUUCAAUUCAAUCUCCAACAACACGAUUUGGAGCAGUAUGAAGAUACCUUGUUGCACCGUCUGUCAGACAAGGUACAACGAAGAAGAUAGGUGUCCUUUGUUGCUUGAGUGUGGCCAUGGCUUCUGUAAAGAGUGUCUUUCUCGUAUGUUCUCAUCAGCAUCCUCAGACACUACUCUUUCUUGUCCACGGUGUCGACAUGUAUCCGUUGUUGGUAACUCCGUCCACGCGCUUCGGAAGAACUACGCUAUAUUGGGUUUAAUUUCUUCUGCUUCUAAUGGGGAUUUUACUGAUGAGGAUGACGAUGAUGAUGAUGAUGGGUUGGUGGUGGUGGUGGAUAGGGACCGGCGUAGCUGUGGCUCCAACGCGUCGAGUUCUAAUGGUUUGAUUGAACUUGGUUCGCACCAGGACUUGAGGAUGGUGAAGCGGAUUGGGGACGGGACGGGGCGGAAUGCGGGUGGAGUUGAAAUGUGGUCCGCGGUGUUGUCUGGGAAAUCAGGGCGGUGUCGCCAUCGUGUGGCGGUGAAGAAGCUUGUGGUGAUUGGGGAGGAUACCGAUUUGGUUUGGGUUCAGAAUCAGCUUGAGGAUUUGAGGCUUAAGUCUAUGUGGUGUAGAAAUGUGUGCAAGUUUCAUGGGGCUACGAAGGUGGAUGGUUGUCUUGCUCUGAUCAUGGAUAAGUGCAAUGGUUCUGUUGAGACAGAGAUGCAACGAAACGAAGGAAGACUCACUCUUGAGCAAAUCUUGAGAUACGGGGCAGAUAUUGCUCGUGGGGUGGCUGAGCUCCAUGCAGCAGGCGUGGUUUGUAUGAACCUUAAACCAUCCAAUCUUCUUUUGGAUGAAGAUGGCCGUGCAGUGGUUUCUGAUUAUGGACUUCCUGCCAUUCUAAAGAAACCUGCUUGCCGAAAAGCUCGCUUAGAGUGUGAUUCCUCAAGAAGUCAUUCAUGCAUGGAUUGUACGAUGCUGAGCCCAAACUACACAGCUCCAGAGGCAUGGGAGCCUGUAAAGAAAUCACUUAAUAUAUUUUGGGAUGAUGCCCUUGGCAUAUCUCCAGAGUCGGAUGCCUGGAGCUUUGGCUGUACAUUGGUGGAAAUGUGCACCGGUUCUGUUCCGUGGGCUGGCUUAAAUGCUGAGGAUAUAUAUCGGGCAGUUGUCAAGGCCAAGCGACAGCCUCCACAAUAUGCCAGUGUGGUAGGUGUUGGAAUACCGAGGGAUCUCUGGAAAAUGAUUGGCGACUGCCUGCAGUUCAAGGCCCCAAAAAGACCGACUUUUAGUGCUAUGCUAGCAACAUUUCUCCGGCACCUACAAGAAAUACCUCGUGGUCCUCCUGCUAGCCCAGAUAAUGAUGUAACCAUAUUCCCCAGAGCAAAUGGGAUACCACCUUCUCCUUCAACUGACUUAGAAGUUGUCCAUGAUUAUCGGAGUCUACUACAUCAGAUGGUUUCUGAAGGCAAUGUUUCUGGUGUCGGAGAGUUGCUUGCAAAGGCUUCAUCAAAAAAUGAUGGCAACUCAUUUCAGUCUCUACUUGAAGCACAGAAUGCUGAUGGCCAAACUGCCCUCCAUCUGGCCUGCAGACGUGGUAGUGCUGAACUUGUUGAGGCCAUUUUAAAUUAUGGAGAGGCCAACGUGGACGUGCUUGAUAAAGACGGGGAUCCACCACUUGUCUUCGCUCUUGCAGCUGGAUCCCCAGAAUGUGUUCGUGCUCUUCUUAGCAGAUAUGCUAACGUCAGAUCUAGAUUGAGGGAUGGGUUUGGUCCAUCGGUUGCUCAUGUCUGUGCAUAUCAUGGCCAACCAGAUUGCAUGCGCGAGUUGCUAAUGGCUGGUGCUGAUCCAAAUGCGGUUGAUGAUGAAGGUGAAUCUGUACUGCAUAGAGCGGUGACAAAGAAGUACACAGAGUGUGCUCUUGUUAUAUUGGAAAAUGGGGGAUGUAAAUCUAUGGGUAUAUCAAACUCGAAGAAUCUGACGCCUCUGCACUUAUGUGUUACAACAUGGAAUGUAGCUGUUGUUAAAAGAUGGAUUGAAGUUGCAUCCUCUGAAGAAAUUGCUGAAGCCAUAGAUGUACCUAGUCCUGUGGGCACUGCACUGAGUAUGGCGGCUGCUUUAAAGAAAGACCAUGAAGCUAACGGUAGAGAACUGGUGCAGAUAUUGCUUGCUGUCGGAGCUGAUGCCACUGCUCAAGACACUCAGCACGGACGGACAGCUCUGCAUACUGCUGCUAUGACUAAUGAUGUUGAGUUGGUUAAGAUUAUCCUUGAUGCUGGAGUUGAUGUGAACAUAAGGAAUGUGCAAAACACCAUUCCUCUACAUGUGGCGCUGGCAAGAGGAGCAAAAUCAUGUGUUGGAUUGCUUCUUUCUGCGGGAGCAAAUUGUAAUUUGCAGGAUGACGAGGGAAACAAUGCUUUCCAUAUAGCUGCUGAUACGGCAAAGAUGAUACGUGAAAAUCUAGAGUGGAUCAUUGUUAUGCUCAAAUAUCCAGGGGCUGCUGUAGAGGUUAGGAAUCACAGUGGCAUGACACUACGCGACUUUUUGGAGUCCCUUCCUCGGGAGUGGAUUUCAGAAGAUUUAAUGGAGGCACUUGCAAACAAGGGAGUUCAUUUGUUUCCAACAAUAUAUCAAGUAGGCGACUGGGUGAAAUUCAAAAGAACCGUUGCCACUCCAACAUAUGGGUGGCAAGGUGCAACACACGAGAGUGUCGGUUUUGUUCAGAGUGUCCCAGACAAGGAUACUCUCUUUGUAUCAUUCUGUUCUGGUGAAGCUCGUGUACUCGCCAAUGAAGUUAUUAAAGUCAUUCAGUUGGACAGGGGGCAGCAUGUGCAACUCAAAGCAGAUAUCAGGGAGCCAAGGUUUGGUUGGCGUGGUCAAUCGCGAGAAAGUAUUGGAACCGUCCUCUGUGUUGAUGAUGAUGGGAUUUUGCGUGUUGGGUUUCCUGGAGCAUCCAGAGGAUGGAAGGCAGAUCCUGCAGAAAUGGAACGGGUUGAAGAAUUCAAAGUUGGAGAUUGGGUCCGAGUCCGGCCUGCCCUUACUACGGCUAAGCAUGGUUUAGGAUCUGUUACACCAGGAAGCAUUGGUAUUGUAUAUUGUAUUAGACCAGAUAACAGUUUGUUGUUGGAACUCAGCUAUCUUCCAAAUCCAUGGCAUUGUGAACCGGAGGAAGUUGAACCUGUUGAACCAUUUAGGAUUGGUGAUCGGGUUUGUGUGAAGCGCUCAGUUGCAGAGCCCAGGUAUGCUUGGGGUGGUGAAACCCAUCAUAGUGUUGGAAGAAUUAUAGAGAUAGAAAGUGAUGGUCUCUUGAUAAUUGAAAUUCCAAAUCGGCCCAUACCAUGGCAAGCUGAUCCUUCCGACAUGGAAAAGGUGGAGGAUUUCAAGGUUGGGGACUGGGUGAGAGUUAAGGCUUCUGUGUCCUCCCCAAAAUAUGGGUGGGAAGAUAUCACAAGGAACAGCAUUGGAUUGAUCCACAGUUUGGAGGAGGAUGGUGAUAUGGGAAUUGCUUUUUGCUUCAGGAGCAAACCUUUCUCUUGUUCCGUGACAGAUGUUGAGAAAGUCCCACCUUUUGAAUUGGGACAAGAAAUUCAUAUGCUUUCUUCAGUCACUCAACCACGGCUCGGAUGGUCAAAUGAAAGCCCAGCCACCGUCGGUAAACUUGUUAGAAUCGACAUGGAUGGAGCUUUAAACGCAAAAGUGGCUGGAAGACACGGCCUGUGGAAAGUUUCUCCGGGAGAUGCAGAAGUGCUUUCGGGAUUUGAAGUCGGUGAUUGGGUUCGUUCUAAACCAAGCGUGGGAACUAGACCAAGUUAUGAUUGGUACAGUAUUGGCAAAGAAAGUUUGGCUGUUGUGCAUAGUGUACAAGAUACCGGUUACUUAGAGUUAGCCUGCUGUUUCCGUAAAGGUAAAUGGAUGACUCACCACACCGACAUCGAGAAGGUUUUGGGAUUUAAAAUCGGGCAGCAUGUGACAUUCCGAGCCGGAUUAGUCGAGCCACGUUGGGGAUGGAGAGGAGCCCAACCUAAUUCACGGGGAGUUAUAGUGAACGUGAACGCCGAUGGUGAAGUACGCGUUGCGUUUUUAGGUUUGGCGGGUUUGUGGAGAGGCGAUCCAGCUGAUCUAGAGAUCGAACGAACAUUCGAAGUCGGAGAAUGGGUCCGAAUGACAGAAAAUGCAGCCACUUGGAAAUCGAUUGGGCCUGGUAGCAUCGGAGUCGUACAGGGGUUUGUGUACGAAUCAGACGAAUGGGACGGAAAUGUGUCAGUCGGUUUCUGCGGCGAACAAGAUCAAUGGGUUGGGCCAAGCACCCAUCUUGAACGAGUUGACAAGCUCACGAGCGGGCAACGUGUCCGUGUCAAGAUGUCCGUGAAGCAGCCGAGGUUCGGGUGGUCGGGCCACAACCAUUCAAGCAUCGGUGUCAUAUCUGCAAUCGACGCUGAUGCAAAGCUGCGAAUCUACACACCGGCGGGAUCGAAAUCAUGGAUGCUUGACCCGUUUGAAGUGGAGGUGGUCGAGCAAAGGGAACUUUACGUUGGCGAUUGGGUUCGGGUCCGACCGUCCGUUUCUUCCCCAACUCAUCAUUGGGGAGACGUUACUCAUUCCAGCAUAGGAGUGGUGCACCGAAUCGAAGACGGCGAUCUUUGGGUCGCGUUUUGUUUCUUGGAACGGUUAUGGCUCUGCAAGACGUUCGAGAUGGAACGGGUCCGACCGUUUGUGGUCGGCGAUAAGGUGAGGAUCAAAAAGGGUCUGGUUAGCCCGCGGUGGGGUUGGGGCAUGGAGACGCACGCUAGCAGAGGUCAAGUCGUGGGGGUGGAUGCAAACGGGAAGUUAAGGAUCAAGUUUCAAUGGCGGGAAGGGAAACCAUGGAUUGGUGAUCCUGCGGAUAUCGAUCUUGAUGAAAUCCCGUCACCGGAAUCAUGAGAACCGUUUACAUACCAUGUACUUGUUUUUCAAGCAGCCGGCCGAAUUUUGCAGGUGCCGGAUGGUUGAAAUGUCAAUAGAAGGGAGCUGGAUCGGUUUACGGCCGGCCGGCCAAGCUAUUUGCAUAAAGAUAAGAAAAGGGUAUUUAGGUAAAUAGUCUGCAUAUUAUUGCUAUUUAAUUCUACUAAUAUACAGAGAGAGGAAUAACAGCAUUUGAUAUCUGUUUUGUUGUUAGACUUGGACUUUAGACAUCUUGUGGUUUCCUUCCGUUUAUGUACCUUUUACUCAUAUGCCUUGUUCAUAUUAUUGCUAUACAACCUUUUUAUGCUCAUCUA